AUGAGCGGCUCGCAGGCGGCCUACACGUACCUCUCCUUCCAGCGACCGCCGCCGUCGCGCGUCGCGCCGGGCGAGGCUGUGGGUGUGUCGCCGCUCAUCUGCUCGGACCUGCGCGACCUGGUGCACACGCCCGCCGAGCCGCUGCUGCUGCGGCUGCAGUGGGUCGUGCUGCAGCAGGGCCAGCUGCGCGCCGUGCCGAAGCAGGAGCCAGUCUCGGUCACAUGGAGUGGGCCGCAGGAUGCCUACCGCGUCACGACGCUCACGGCGCCCGCCCUGCGGCACGACGCAGAGCUGCGCCUCGCCAUGUGGGCCGAGCACCGGCCGGCGACGCACAAGCGUCGCAAGAAUGGCGAGGCCGACCUGGGCGUGCAUCUGUGCACGGCAUUCGAUAGUCGGCGGCACGCAGACGAUGCUCUCGAUGCGCUGCCUAUCCCUGUCGUGACGGGCCCGAUCCGCGUGGGCCGAGGUGCUGCAGGAAACGACAAGGUGGACUCGACCUCUCGACUCUUCACGCUCGGGCGCCAAGAGAGAUAUCGUGUGCUGGAGAUCCGCGAGCAGACUGGCUUCGCACUCGACAAGCACGUCUGGGACGCCGCCAUGCACCUCAGUCGGCUGCUUGUGGAGGUGCUGCCAGCCGGGGCAGCCGAGGUCGAGGCUAAGGACCUUGAGAUGGAGCGGACAGCUCGCAAUCAUCUGCAAUCACUCUGCACCGCCCCGAGCCUUCGCGUCGUAGAGCUCGGUGCUGGCACAGCCAUGCUCUCCAUCAUGCUCGCUGCGCUGUGGAACAAGAGGACAGCAAGCUCGCCCGCCUCGUCAGAAGACGAUGCGCCGUCUCGCACGACGCUUGAAUGCUGGGCCACCGACCUCGAGCCCGCGUUGUCGCUCAUCGACACCAACAUCGGUCUCAACUCGGCAAGUCUAGCAGCGCGUGACGAUCGCAGCGUGCUUGUUCGCUCGCUGCUCCUCGACUGGGACGCGGAAAAGCUGCCUGCGGAGCUAAGGCGCACAGACGGAGCCGCAGCAGACAUCGUGCUCGCUUCGGACUGCACGUACAACCCCUCCUCCUUCACCGCACUUGCUCGCACGAUUGCGCGUCUCCUCUCGAGCUCGUCAUCGGCAGCGCAGGACGGCCCUGGGCCACUUGCCCUGCUGGCGAAGAAGCACCGCCACAUCGACGAGGAAGCACUGUGGGACACGCUGGCGGCGCACAGGCUCAGCGCCAGGCUGAUCGCAGGCCGCGCCCCCUCGACGCACGACGACGCCGACUACGAGGGCUGGGGCAUCUGGCUGCUCACGCUCGACGCAGCGUAA